UGCUUCAUACGACAAGACUUAGCAGGCAUUUCUACUAGAUACGUUCGAAGUUAUGUGAGCAAAUUACUCGUGGAUGCAGAACUCAAUAAAGUGAAAGUGAUUCGUGUGGUGCCAGUAUCAGGAGAGGUGGUAGCCGAGUACACAGUAGAGGAGACGACAAUGCGAUUGUCUAUAGUGAUGCCAUCGGAUUGGCCACUUUCUGUACCAUCUAUUCAACUAGAUAAGGCUAUAGUACCGUCUGAAAAGGCAAAGAAAUGGCUUUUGCAGCUUACCGCUUAUUUAUUCCAUCAGAAUGGAUCAACAGUAGACGGAAUAGUGAUGUGGCGCAGGAAUGUCGAUCGAGAUGUGGAAGGUGCUGAGGCGUGUACAAUUUGUAUGAUGACAAUUCAUUCUAGCAAUCACCAGCUUCCUAAAGUGAAAUGUCGAAGUUGCAAAAACAAAUUUCACUCGAAUUGUCUGUACAAAUGGUUUGAGUCAAGCAGUCAAUCCACUUGUCCAUUAUGUCGAGCAAAUUUCAUAUAG